AUGAAUCCUUCAAUAUUUGAUUUUAAUGUCGCCGACGAAGUCCAAGCUGGAUAUGCAAAAAUUAAAGAAAGUAGUGCAUAUCAGAGAUUGUACAAAAAAGAACGUAAACAAGAAUCAUUCAACGUAGACAAAUUUACGUUAUCAAAUCAAUCUGGCUGUUCUGAUAAUGUAAAACCCAAAAAAACAAGUGUAUUAGAGGAAACAAUUGAAGAUCGUGUAUCGCAAUCAAAACAUAAUAAUUUAAAUUUAACUAUGAUAAACGAGAAUAAUAAUUAUGAAGAACAGAAUAAUUUGAAUCAACAUGAGCAUCAACAAGAAGGAAUAACACCUUUUGUAUGCAUACAGAAAUAG